AUGUCUAUGGGACUGAGAUCGCCGAACACGGUCAUCGCAAGGAGAUUAGAUGCUAUUAUUCUCGUAGGCUUAGUUUUUCUUUCUUGCAUGUCCGAUGGUGCAUCCCGUGGACAUCUUUUUGGGGCUGGUGCACUACGUCGGAGCCUCACUGAUACUACGAACCGAAAAGUAUUUGACGUCACAGCCUUCGGUGCUAAGCCUGAAUCCGGAAAAGGUCGACAAAUGAAAGAGCUUCCUGGCGGUGGAGAUCCAACUAAACCACAACCUGAUGAUGGCGGCGACGGGGAUGACAAUGAUACUGGAAUGGCAUUCAUUAAGACGUGGGUGGCCGCAUGCAGAGGAGAGUACAAGGGUCCAGCAAAGGUUGUUGUUCCAAAGGGCACAUUUUUGAUUGGACCUGUGGUGUUCCAAGGCCCUUGCACCAGCUCCAAGGAGCCAAUCAUGGUGGAAAUUCAGGGAGAGGUGAAAGCCACCACCGAUUUGAGUGAUUACACCUCUCCUGAAUGGAUCACGUUCGAAAAUGUUGACGGUCUGAUCGUCACGGGCGACGGAGUUAUGAAUGGUCAAGGCGAGAAAACAUGGAACGGAAAUGGCUGCGAUAAGGACGACUGCCCCCAUGCCCCAUCCAACAUGAAAUUCAUCAAGGUUAAGAAUGCACUUAUAGAGAAGAUCACAUCCUUGAACAGCAAGUACUUCCAUUACCACAUCACCGUCUCCAGCAGAGUUACCAUAGACAGUGUGCACAUCACUGCUCCCGGCGAAAGCCCUAACACCGACGGCUGCCACAUCAGUGAUUCCGACAAUGUUAAAGUGAUCAACAGCAUCAUUGGAACCGGAGACGACUGCGUUUCCAUCGGCAAGGGUGCCCGCCAAAUCACCGUCAACAACGUUACUUGCGGCCCUGGCCAUGGCAUCAGUGUUGGAAGUCUUGGAAAAUACAAGAACGAACAACCCGUGGUUGGUGUUACUGUGACCAACUGCAAACUGGUGAACACAACCAACGGCGCCAGAAUCAAAACUUGGGCCAACAACUACGGAGGAGACGCAAGCGGAAUUACAUUCGAUAACCUCGUCAUGGAGCAUGUGAAAGCCCCAAUCGUCAUCGAUCAAAGCUAUGGAACCAAGAAAGAUCCGAAAAACCCUAACGCCGGAAAGCAAUCCCUGUAUAAGCUCCAUGAUAUUCACUUCAGAAACAUUAAGGGCACCUCGUCGCAAAACGUUGCCAUGUCACUGGCAUGCAGCGCUACAAAACCUUGUGAGGGGGUUGAGUUGAGCGAGAUCGACAUUUCCUACGGAGGCGCCAGCAACUCCAAAAAGACGGACAUUGCAUCGGAAUGUUACAACGCAAAGGUUACAACUAAGGGCAAAAUAAAUCCAGCAGCACCAGCUUGCAAAUAA